CGGGAUUUCGGGCGAGUCUGGAGCGCGCUGAUCAGAGCCGCUGGCCAAGACAUGCGAAGGCGGAUGCAGGGGUUGGCCGUGGUGACUUGGGACCUGAGCCCCCUUCCGGUCUGCGGAGAUGGGCCACAGGCUCGGUCGAGUAAGGAGUCAGUGACUUUUCACCUUCAGAUCUGCAGAAAGGGAGGGAUGGAGGAUGAACACGAGCCGCCGUUACAGCCUCGGACUCAGUUCCAGGGCAGGGUCCUGCUCCUGACCAUCUGUGCGGCUGGCAUUGGCGGGACUUUUCAAUUUGGCUACAACCUCUCAAUCAUCAAUGCCCCAACUUCGCACAUUCAGGAAUUCACCAAUGAGACAUGGCGGAUGCGAACCGGCCGGCCGCUGCCCGACCAUCUGGUCCCGCUCGUGUGGUCCCUCAUCGUGUCUCUGUACCCCGUGGGGGGCCUUCUGGGAGCACUGCUUGCUGGCCCCUUGGCCAUCACACUGGGAAGGAAGAAGUCCCUGCUGGUGAAUAACAUCUUCGUGGUGGCCGCAGCAGCCCUGUUUGGCUUCAGCCGCAGAGCUGGCUCCUUUGAGAUGAUCAUGCUGGGACGGCUGCUCGUGGGCGUCAGUGCAGGUGUGAGCAUGAACGUCCAGCCCAUGUACCUGGGGGAGAGCGCCCCCAAGGAGCUCCGAGGGUCUGUGGCCAUGACCUCAGCCAUCUUCACCGCCCUGGGGAUCGUGAUGGGUCAGGUGGUUGGACUCAGGGAGCUCCUGGGUGGCCCGCAGGCCUGGCCCCUGCUGCUGGCCAGCUGCCUGGUGCCUGGGGUGCUCCAGCUGGCCUCCCUGCCCCUGCUCCCCGAGAGCCCGCGCUACCUCCUCAUUGACUGUGGAGACUCCGAGGCCUGUCUGGCAGCGCUGCAGCGGCUGCGAGGCCCCGCGGACCUGGCCGGGGAGCUGGCCGAGUUGGAGCGGGAGCGCGCCGCCUGCCAGGGCCGGCGCGCGCGGCGCCCGUGGGAGCUGUUCCGGGACCGCGCGCUGCGGAGGCAGGUGGCGAGCCUGGUGGUGCUGGGCGGGGCCAUGGAGCUGUGCGGGAACGACGCGGUGAGCAGUCCGCGCCAGGCCGGGGUUGGGAGGAGAGGGGAGGGGGAAAGGGGUGGGGCGGGGUCCGGGAGAGAGCCGGUGCGCCUCGGCCUCUCGCCCUCCCCCUGGCAGGUGUACGCCUAUGCGUCGGCAGUGUUCAGCCAGGCGCGGAUUCCCCCGGAGAAGGUCCAGUACGCCUCCAUCGGGACCGGAGGCUGCGAGCUGCUGGCGGCGCUGCUCAGCUGUGUGGUGAUCGAGAGGGUGGGCCGACGGAUACUGCUGAUUGGGGGGUACGGCCUGAUGACCUGCUGGGGGAGCGUCUUCACAGCAGCCCUGUGCCUGCAGAGCUCCCUCCCCUGGAUGCCCUACCUGGCCAUGUCCUGCGUCUUUGCCUUCAUCCUCAGCUUUGGCAUUGGCCCUGCCGGAGUGACCGGGAUCCUGGCCACAGAGCUGUUUGACCAGAUGGCCCGGCCUGCUGCCUACAUGGUCUGCGGGGCGCUCAUGUGGACCACGCUCUUCCUAGUCGGGCUGGGGUUCCCCUUCAUCAUGGAGGGCUUGUCCCACUUGCUCUAUGUGCCUUUCCUCUGUGUCUGUGUCUGUGGGGCCGUCUACACUGGUUUCUUCCUCCCUGAGACCAGAGGCAAGAGCUUCAUGGACAUCUCAGAGGAAUUGCACAGACUCAACUUCCCCGGGGUGGAGCAAGGGCCCCGCGUGGACGGGCGAGAGGUCAUCUGGUCCACGGAACUCUAGCUCAGCAGGUUUGGCUGGGGCCCAGCCAGCCGCUGCUCUUCCCUCGGGCCCUCUCCAUUCACCAGUCCUGCAUCCCCUUGUUUAA